AUGAUUAAUCAUUUAAAAUGUUCAAAUUCAUUUGGUAAUCGAAGAAAAGUUUCAAUAGAUCUAUCACGUCUCGGUAUUUAUUUAUUGACAAUAUGUUCACAUAAAUUUCAUGGACCAAAAGGUAUUGCUGCCCUUUAUAUUCGUCAACGAAUUAAAUUAGAAUCAAUUAUAUAUGGUACACAACAUGAACAAGCUCUUCGACGAGCUACUGAAAAUUUUUUAGCUAUUAUUCGAUUAGGAAAACCUUGUCAAUUAAUAUCAAAUAAAUCUAUAUUAAAUAAAAGAAUUGAACAAAUCAACGGCUUCUCCAAGCGUAACGGUGUUACGUUUUUGACAUACUAA